AUGAGUACGAGACAAUACCUAUACUUGAGUGAGAUUAAACAUGAAAAGAAAAGACUGCCCAUCCGUAGGAUUGCAAAGGAAUGGGGUUCCAAAUUCAGAUUGUCACAGAUUCUACGCUUUCGCAAACAACAAAAGAAAGAACUCCUUUUGUCACUACCGCUCGAACUGAUAUUCGAAAUUCUAGAGCAUUGUGAUAUUUCUUCAUUCGCCAAUCUGCUAUCAACAUGUCGGAUGCUAUAUUCUCUAUGGGGGACUGGUGCUGCGGUGGGCUGUUUCUUGGCAGUUCUAAAGAAAGGAAUGACUCUACAAGCCUGGGUUCUAUAUAGAGUUAUUAGAGCAAAGCGGUGGGAAGCUGUGAGAUUAGAGAAGCUUCAUGCAUUCGAAACCUCACACCCAGACCGUGAUGUUUUUAAUGAGGACCUACCGCCAACCUUUCAGAUAGAUUUUAAGAGGGUUCUAAGGCCCGACGGAUUAAGCUGGCCGAAUGAUCGGACACCACUCAAUGAGUCCCCACGAACAGUCUACUAUGGCUACGGUUACCUAAACGCACGCGAGAAUAGAUAUACGCUCAUGGAAGACAUCUUUUACCUACGGAAGUUUGCAGAAUAUUGGGUAGACCGAUAUCAGAGAGAUGCGGAUCGACUACCCGUUCACCACCCUUGUUUGAUAAACACGUUGGUACUAAAAAGGCCGGAAAGAAUAUACGACGCCUUUUAUAGCCACUGGAUUUCCGAGCUCAUUUCAAUCCAGGAGGAGGACCUAUCCACCCCCCGCGAGAAAUUUGACUUUCAUCUACUUCCACACGCUCGUUCCUGGAUACAAGCCGUCAAAGAAUGCCAAAGGCAGUGGAGGAUUAAGGACCAUAUUCUCCACAGGUUCGAGAAGGAAAUGGACUAUCUAGCCGAACGGGAUGUAGAAAGAAUCACAUUGAGUUGUUGUUGUGACUGUAGGAAGAGAAAUUGUGAAUGCAGUCGACGGCGGGUUCUCACAAAGAGAAGAUUCUCGCCAUUCAUCGAUAUAGAUUCUGGUGGUCACUAUCACGACGAUAAAAAGUACUGGCGGGUUUAUUCGAGAAAGUUUCCGGAUGAUCCAGAGGUUAUGGGAACAGUCGAAGAUUUAACUUUGCGCGAAGUUGACGGGGAAGCAAUUAAGUCUAUCAGGCGGCUCAAAAAAUGGAAACGAUAUAGCUACGGGCAUUAA